AUAGGAUCUACGCUUCUAUGGAACUUCUGAAUUCGUUGCCGCAGGUCGCCGUCAGUAGACAAAAGGAACGGUUCGACGUUUCAUAUACGAACAGAUAAACUAACAAGUUUUUCGGUUCUUCAGUUUUGUUAUAAGUUACCGUAGUAAGGAAGUAAUAUUCGUCUUGCAGAAUAACAAUCUCAGGCCUUUAAAGAAAAUGACCUACGCAUCGCCCUUACCAAGUCGCGAAUUUCUCUGGGACGUCUUUCAAAGAGUGGACAAAGAUCACUCCGGAGCAAUAUCGGCAGAUGAAUUACAGUUGGCAUUAUCAAAUGGAACAUGGACACCAUUUAAUCCAGAAACUGUUCGUUUAAUGAUAGGUAUGUUUGACAUUGACAAAAUCAAUCCCACUACAGGUAUGUUUGACAAAAAUCAAACAGGAACCGUCAGCUUCGAAGAAUUUGGCGCUUUGUGGAAAUAUGUAACAGAUUGGCAAAAUUGUUUCCGAUCCUUUGACCAUGAUGGUAGUGGUAACAUUGAUCGUCACGAACUUAAAACAGCUCUGACGAAAUUUGGAUAUACACUGUCGGAUGGUAUAGUCGAUACUCUGAUUCGCAAAUACGAUCGUGCAGGAAGAGGAACAAUCUACUUUGAUGACUUUAUUCAGUGUUGUAUCGUCUUGUAUACACUGACAGCUGCUUUUCGACAAUUCGACACUGAUAUGGACGGCGUUAUAACUAUCCGUUAUGAACAAUUUUUGGGCAUGGUGUUUAAUCUUAAGAUUUAAUCAUCAUAAGAAAUGUACCUAAUACCUUUUGAUCGCCAAUUUGACCAUUUUUCUGGUUAAUAUCUAUAUAAGAGGUAUCAUCAUAUGUAAUUUUAAGUACCAAAACUAAACUAUGAUACAACGUUCAGUAUGAAGCAAAUUGCCAAUCUUUAAACUUCAUUAAAAAGUUAUACUUUAAUAUUUUGAUAAUUGUAAGAUGUGAACAAUGUGUUGAUCAUAUUGUCUUUAGGAUCAUUCCGUGCUUUUAACUUUAGGAAAAGUCUAUGUAAAAGUCAUUAACUCAAACUAUCGAUUGUUAACACUUCUCAUCUAUCUCAAGGUUUUUGUGCUUUAUGUACUAAUGUUAUUUUACGUAUAUGUAGUUUAACAUUAAAUUUAAGGUGUAUAAAGUUACACGCGUUAUCUGAUUCCUACUUGAUUAAUACAUAUAUCAUAUUCUAAUAAUCAUUCCUAAGUAUUAAAAAUAACACAAGUGUUUCAUUUUACUGCUUUUUAAAAGAAGAAGUGACGGAGUAACUACAAUUUAUGCAUUCCAAAUUGUAAACAUUGCCGAUAAUCUUUUACAUUUCAACACAAGCUACAGCAGUCAAUUCACUCUUGUCGAACUAGAUUAAUAUUAACUAUGAAAUGGAAAUCAGACCCUGUUGUCUCAAGAAGUAUGCGAGGAGUAACAGUUUUUAAUAAAAGGUUUUGCAAUAUUUCGCUUCUAAUCGAUAUUUGCAAAGUACAGCCGAAUGCUAGAUUUGCUACAAUAUAAUGGUUUAUAAUAUAAGAUUCCUAUGGAACAUAACGUACCUUUACUCUUUGGCAUGUAAUGUACCUAUUUAUGUACUUUUUUAUUAUUUCUCUAAUGUUACAUAAAGUAUAUUUCCACUAAUAUUUACUGUUUGCUCAGUUUCCAAAUGUCCUUUUAUAAGUUAUGCAUUUCUCAGCAUUUUUCCAAUAUGUAAUAUCGAUUUAAACGUUAUUGAUUACAUUGUCAUUACUUUGGAUGAUAAUAUGCUAAUGGAUUUUUAUAGACCUACAUGACGCAAAACUAACAACAUAUGUUAGAGACAGUAUAACAUGUGUGUGUAAAAAUGAUUUGUUUAAUAUUAAAUAUAGUUUCAAACA